AUGCCGAAAGAGGAUCGGUCCGAUUGGGUGGCAGUUGCCCCUGAAUUUCAAGCAGCUGGACCCCAAGAUGGUGUGUUCAAGAUUCGACCGGCAUCAUCGGCAUAUCAGUUCUUUCAAAAGGACGUCACGGAGGAAGCCAAGGCCGAGUUGAUCGCUGCGGAAGGCAAGUUCGAGGUGGGAAAAUUCUCUAGGUUGGUUCGAGAAAGAUGGAAUAAUCUCGAUCCGGAGGAGAAAGCACAUUAUGAAGGACUGGCGCAAGAAGACUCGAUUCGCUUCAGGAGUGAGAGCCAUGCAGCUGAUGUAGCUGCCAUGGAACGAAAGGCAAAGCUCCGAGCGGAGCGAGAACAACUCAUUGUGGAUGAUGAAGGAGGAGAUCAAAGAAAGACUAGAGGACAGCGCAAGAAGAAUGAAAAGAAGAAAAUCCGCAUGGAGAAGAAGAGGCGGAAGAAGCCUCGAACCAAGGAGGAUUCAGAUGGAAGUGAUGAGGAUUCUGGAGAGUCCUACAAAGAUGAGGGGCCGUCCUCGGACAGCGAUGACUCGGAUGAUUCAGAGGCUUCCAAAAAGAGAAAACCAAAGCCCAAGCCUGCACCGCGAAAAAUGAGCCAGAAACAAAUAGAGCACAGAGAGAAACUCAGAGAAGAAAAGCAAGGGAAGGAACGAUACAUCGAACAACGGCAAGAUGAUCUUCGGAAGGAGAAGGCUGACCAAGCCAAGAGACGGCUCAUGUUCCUUCUGAAACAAAGCAGCAUUUUCUCUCACUUUGGGGCCGUCAAGGAGGACCAGGCGAAAUUCGGAAUAAAAGCAAAUACCAAACGAACGGGGACAGAUGGAGAGUCUCGGCGGAGUGCCCUUGGGGACGAUGAAGGCGACCAGCAGGAUGCUGCCGACCUUGAAGACGACGCUCAGACUACCUUCCUGACCACGCAGCCAACUACUCUGGGGUUCGGGAAGAUGCGUACCUACCAAUUGGAGGGUCUGAAUUGGAUGAUUCGGUUGCAAGAAAAUGGUGUAAAUGGCAUUUUGGCGGAUGAGAUGGGUCUGGGCAAGACAUUGCAGUCCAUAUCUGUACUAGUAUAUAUGUUGGAGUACCGCAAGGUCACUGGGCCUCAUCUUAUUGUUGUUCCGAAAAGUACUUUGAGCAACUGGAUGGGGGAACUGGCACGCUGGGCUCCGUCCCUGACCGCCGUCAAGUUUCAUGGGGACAGGGCAUCUCGAGAAGAAAUCAUUCGAAAGUACCUAGAGCCAGGACAAAGGGACGAAGAUAGAACUUGGAAUGUGUGCGUUACUACGUACGAAAUUUGCAACAUUGAAAAAAAUGUCAUGAACAAGUUUGCUUGGCAAUACUUGAUUAUCGAUGAGGCGCACAGAUUAAAGAAUGAAGCAUCAGCAUUUUCCAAGACAGUUCGGCAAUUCGAAACGCGGUACAGAAUACUUCUCACAGGAACUCCGUUACAGAACUCGCUACAUGAGCUUUGGGCUUUGUUAAAUUUUCUUGUCCCAGAUGUCUUUGCAAACGCCGAACAGUUCGAUGAAUGGUUUAACUUGGACAUCGAGGACAACGACGAGAAGAACAGACUCAUCUCACAGUUGCACAAGAUCCUUCGCCCCUUUAUGCUUCGUCGGCUGAAGGCAGACGUUGAGAAGUCCCUGCCGCCGAAGCACGAGACAAUCCUGUUCACAGGGAUGAGUUCGAUGCAAAAGAAGCUAUAUCGAGACAUUCUGAUAAGAGAUAUCGAUGCCAUCCAGGGGAAAAAUGCAGGCAGUCGCACAGCCAUUCUGAACAUUGUCAUGCAGUUGCGCAAGUGUGCAGGACACCCCUAUCUGUUUCCUGGCGUCGAAGACCGAUCAUUGCCACCUCUAGGCGAACAUUUGGUAGAAAAUUGCGGCAAGAUGGUCCUACUCGACAAGUUGCUGAAGCGUCUCCGUGAAAGCGGUCACAGGGUUCUGUUGUUUACGCAAAUGACUCGUAUCCUUGAUCUCAUGGAAGAUUACCUCGUAAUGCGACGAUUUCCCUAUUGUAGAAUUGACGGAAACACCAGCUAUGAUGAUCGUGAAGACUACAUUGAAGCCUACAAUGCCCCCAAUUCCGAGAAGUUCUUGUUCCUUCUGUCCACUAGGGCCGGCGGUUUGGGUAUCAACCUCCAGACUGCGGACGUUGUUAUCCUCUAUGAUAGCGAUUGGAAUCCUCAGGCUGAUCUUCAAGCACAGGACCGUGCUCAUCGCAUUGGUCAAAAACGACCGGUUCAGGUAUUCCGAUUUGUGACAGAACAUACCAUUGAAGAAAAGAUUGUUGAACGAGCCCAACAGAAACUCAAACUUGAUGCUAUGGUAGUCCAGCAGGGGCGCCUGAAAGAUAAAGGCAAAAUGUCACGAGAUGAUCUCUUGGAAGCCGUUCGAUUCGGAGCCGACAAAAUCUUCAAGAGCAAAGACUCCUCUAUUACGGAUGAUGACAUCGACCUGAUCUUGAAUGCCGGUAAGCGAAAGACACAAGAGCUGAACGACAAACUCAAGGCAGCCGAGAAAGGCGAUUUGCUGGACUUCAAACUCGACGGCGGCGGGAACGUGCAGACUUUCGAAGGUGUUGAUUACUCUAGCAACGCCCUGGCUCAGGCAAAGGCCGAAGCUGAGCUGAUCAGCAUCAUCGACAUUGGGAAGAGAGAACGCAAGCCAGUUGCGAAUUACAACGAGAACCUCUUGUACCAGCAGCAGAUAGCUGCCUUGCAGGGAAAGUCUGUCAAAGCUCCCAAGAAAAAGAAGGAAAUCAAAUUGCCAAAACACCUGCGACUCCCUCGCAUGGAGGACUUCCAGAUGUACGACAGAGAGGCGCUGUUGAAGAUCCAAGAAGAGGAGGAGAAAGCCUUUCGUGAGUUACCGGAAGAACAACAAAAGAUGGCAGCUACAAAGAAGAAGGAACAAACGCAACAAGAAGCAGAAGAGAAACCAGCGGAAGAAGGCGAUGUAAAGACGGAACCGGAAGAACCUUUUGAGUUGCCCCCGUUACUUGACGAAGAAAAGCAACAGCUCAAGGCCAAGCUUCUGGCCGAGGGAUUUGCAGAUUGGAAACGGCAAGAGUAUCUGAUGUUUAUCAAGGCUAGCGCGAAGUACGGGAGAACCGCACUCCCGAGUAUUGCCGCCGACGUCGGAAAGUCAGAAGCCGAUGUGGAGCGAUACGCUUCAGCCUUCUGGGGCGACCUUGGCAAAACUCGAUUCUCGGAGCAUGAGUACGACCGCGUUUUCAAGCUCAUCGAGAAAGGCGAGAAGAAGAUCGACGAAAUCAAAUCGUUGGAACGCGGCACAAGGAUACUCGUUUCGUUGUUUUCAAAUCCCUGGGAUGAACUCGAGUUCAAUUACGUCAAUUGCAAGGACAAAAUGUUCACCUCAGAGGAAGAUCGUCACUUGCUUUGUUGGACACACAAGUUUGGCUACGGACAAUGGAACGCAAUAAAGAUGGCCAUUAGGCGGAGCCCAGCAUUUCGAUUUGAUUACUUUAUCCGCAGUCUGAGUGUGGAUUUGCUUGGCAAGCGUUGCGAACAGCUUAUGAAGUUUGCAGAGAAGGAGGUGGAACAGCUCGAGCAGAAGGCAAGAGAACAGGCAGGCCUUCCGUCUGAGCCAACCCAAGAAGGCGACUCACUACAACCGAUUGAGCUUCCUGAGAUCUCAAUCCUGCGAGAACAGAUUCGUUCAAGUAAGAAAGAGAAAUUGGAAACCGAGAGAAAACAGCUCGAAGAAAAGGCGGCAGAGGCGGAAAAGCAGUUGAAGGACGUCCAAGACAAGUUGAAGGCUCUGACUGAGUCAUCGGACUAUGACCUUCCCGGCAGUGCCGUCAAGGAGCCACCGGACCGAGGGCAGGGAGAAAGCUCAGAGAAAGAGAAUGCGGACGCUUACAAUGAAUCAAAGCCUGAUGGAAAUAACGAAGAGAACGGAGCCAUGGGUCCCGAGGGAUUCCUUGAGUUUCCGGAGUACGAUGGCUCGGAAGAACCCAAGGAAAGCAAGAAGGCCUUCACACAUUUUUGUAUGCACACUCGGAAGGAAGUCAAAGCGACGCUUGAUCCUAGUGAACGAAAGAACAAGGAAGUUGUCCAUGGAAUUCUGAGGGAACGCUGGGUGCAACUUGCAGACGACGACAAGACAGUGUGGCGACAGUGGGCCUCCUGGGACAAAAAACGCUACGAGCGCGACCUGGCUAUUUAUGAGGAGAAAAACUCCAAUGGUGGCAACUCUACCAAGUCCCAAACCAACGGCGAUAAGGAGGAUUCCAUCCAUGUCCCCAAGAAGCGAAAGCCGUCGGCUGAAUCAGAUGUUGGCUCACCAUCCUUCAACUCAAUCCCCAAAAAACGCCGCAGUGCAUAG